ACAAUGGAAACAUUCCAGAGUUGAAAAUCCUCUCUGGAAUAAACUUACCUACAUGUGGCCAGUCCUUCCCAGUGGUCAACUUAAUGAGGAGUUUGAUUGGCCAAUAGAAGGACUGCUUCUUCCAAACAGUCCUCCCAUGAAGAAACCCAUCCAUAAGGCACCGGAGCAGUAUGUGCCUGUGAGACUCAGAGUUUUGCGGAAUGGAGACAAGAACAAAGCCAGAGCCCAUAUUAUAAUCAGUCCAGACAUCUCACCUGGGCGGAAAAUGCAGUGCACUGAAAUUUUAAAUUUACCUUCUGCAGCUCGGAGAUUGUUCAAUGAAAAAGGGAAGGAAAUCUUCACCCUAAAAGAACUUCAAAGAGAUGAACUGGUGUAUGUUUCAUGUGGCGAACAUUGGAUCAAUCCUGACCUGUCCAUUGCUCAGCAAAAGAAGCAAAUCUUCCUAAGGAACCUAGCAUCAGAUAUUUCUAAAAUUCAAACCUUCUGCAGUAUGCAUAAGAUAGAGGCUCUUGUUUUAGAAGUCCAAAGUGACAUUGUGUCUGGAGCCAAGCUUGCUGUGAGGAAACCAAUUUUUGGAAAAGAGAAGCAAAUUAUAGAACCAGAGGAAAAGCAAAUGCAAAAAAAUGCUUUAACAUCAGAAAAUGCUUCCAGUGAAAUUCUAGAUUCACAUGCAAGAGCCCAUCUCAGAAUGAAGGCUUGUCACACACUUCUCAGGUAUGCCUGGCAGGAACCUUCUCAUAACUUUGAUGAGACUGACAGUCUUCCAAAGAAAAUGGAAGACGAGCUCUUUGAAAACAUGGAACCGGAGAAGAAAUACAGCCAUUCUCCAAAACAGAGCAAAUUGCAGAAACUUUGCCACCAGCAGUUUGAAUACAGAGAUGGGCAAAUUAUAAGCUACGCUGCUCCUCAUCUAGUCUUGGGGGUGCGAGGCCCCAACCUGCGCUCAGGCGUGGAGGUGGUUUUGGUGGAGAAAAAAGCAGAUGAUAGUCAUCAACGCUGGAUGCGCAAGGAAGACAGCAGGACUUUUCACCUGGUGAGUAACCCAGAUCUUGUGCUGGCAGUGUCUAUGACCAAGGCUAGAGAUGAAGUCUGUGGCUACCCGGUUAUUGCUCAGAAAUACAACCCACAUAACAAUGGGGCUUCUAAUCAAAAGUGGAAUUACAUGAAAAGUACGAAAGCUUUUAUGGCCUUUCAUAGCACUUCACUGGAUAAAGAGAUCACAGCUGCAAACUAUGCUGGUGUUUGUACAUCUUCUGUGACUAGAGAAGAAAAGGUUGAUCAGCCAGGAUAUUAUUACCUAUCACCCAGUGGAAAGAAGAAAGCGAUGCUCUGUUUGGCAUGUGGACAAUCUGUGAGAGCAGAGAAGGGACUGGAACAGCUGCUUCCAGGGCUCCCAUUCCUGUGUGCCUCGGCCUCCGAGACCCAGAAGCCCUUCUCACGUGGGCCUUUCAAGGUCAUUGAUGUGGCCAAGACUGAUUUAUCUUCUCGUGAGGCUGAAAACACUUUGAGUUAUUAUGAAGAGCAUCUAUUAUCUUUACGGAUGAAGACCUGCACGCAAGUUGUAUCUCAUUGUGGCAUGGCAGUUACGAACCAGAAGGCAGUGAAAAUAAUUGCAUACAAAAAUGGAGAUGGAUAUCGAAAUGGAAAGUUAAUUGUGGCUGGAACAUUCCCCAUGCUGCUUACAGAAUGUACAGAACAACUUGGUCUGGCCAGAGCAGCCUCCAAAAUAUAUACCAAAGAUGGAACCACCAUAAGUUCCUUGCGCAAUCUGGUUUUAUGGGCUAUGGAUGAAUCUUUUAUUCAGAGAGAUUCUGAGGAACCAAAGGAAGAGGCAGACCCUGUUGGAACCAAAGAGAUACCUGUUAAAAGAAACUCAAGAAUGAAAGUGAAAACCAAAUCAUCUCCAAAGUCUGUGACAUCUGAUAGUUUGGAUGGUAUAGAUCCAUCUUUGCUCACCCUCAUCCUCAGAAAUCCUAUUGCCAUCUGGGUAUCUUGUGGUGAACCAUUUUUGUCUCCAAAUGCUUUGAAGAAGGCAGAAAAAAUAGAAAAACAGAACUGGCUUAAAAAGGACAAAAUUUUGGCUGAUCUAGAUGUCAUGAAACACAAAAUGAGACAGUUAAAAGGGCGGCGGGUAGCAGCAUGUCAGCCAGCCACCAUGGUUCCCAACAAAAGCCCUGUGCAGCUGGUGGUAGUGGAAGGAGGCUGGACUGAGCAGACUCAAGAGGAAAUUAAACUCCUGGACCUCAUAAGACAUACAGAGGCACACCUUUCUGAAGUCCAAGAACUGCAAUCCAAGAGAAAUUCUCUCAUUGCACCUAAAUGUAUAGCAUUCAAGCAGAGCAACCUGUAUAAACAGCCCAAUGCAAAACGAGUAUGGAUUUACCUAAAUGGAGGCAGACUUGAAGAUGGCACUUAUGCCUGGGGCAAAACUAUUUCAGAGCUCCUGAAUGACUGCUCCUCUCGUCUCAAGCUGGCCCACCCGGCCAGAGCACUGUACACCCCCGAUGGAGAGCCAAUUCACUCGUGGGAUGACGUAGAGCGAGACAUGGUCAUCUGUGUGUCUACAGGGCGUAGCUUUAGAACGCAGCGAGAGUUAAAGCAACUGGUGGAGAUCAGAGCAAAUUAUGCCCGAAUCUGCAGGCAGCAGGGCCCUCAAGCCACAGACAUCAUGCUGUCGCCAUCCACAAAGCUGCAUUCCCUGGUACCUUCACGCGCUGAAUUCCUGGCGGAGCCAUCCUAGUUUGUGUUC